AUGAAAGAUCGAAGAAUCACGGAAGGUGCUGGGGGUGAGGUAUUGACAAAACAUGGAGAUCUCCAAUACUCACACCUACCAACACUGGCAGUCCGGUCAACAACAGGUGGUAUCGAACCAGUGCACGAAUAUGAGGCAGAGACGAAGGCAAACACUGGAAUGACCCACAUUAGUGGUGGCAACGAGCGAUUGCGCGUGCUAAAGAUGGACCCUGAGUGGGCGGCGGGACGCCUGUGGUGCUGGUGUGCCACGGAGACUAGCUUGGAUCGUAUCAAAUUUGGCGCUGCGCAAGCAGCAGCACGUGCUCAUCAACGACGACGCACUACUGAAUGA